AAAAAUGACAGUGACAAAUAAAUUAAAAAAUAUACCUACACCACCGACGCGGCUUGCCGAAAAGAGCUGUGAAAAAGGGAUAAUUUGUGUUGGUUUUGCAAUUUGUUACUGAAAUGGCGCGGAAUAAAUCACCUUCAGCUGCGUCGGAUAAGGAGAAAAAGAAACCUAAGGAAAAUAAAAAGAAAAAGGGCGAUUCAGGAUCUAGUAGCAGUGAAAGUAGCGGCAGUUCAUCUGAGAGCAGCUCAUCUAGGUCAUCGUCCAGAUCCUCUUCAAGCAGUUCUGGAAGCUCCUCCCGAUCCUCAUCAUCCUCGAGUUCUUCUAGCAGCACCAGUAGCAACAAUGAUCGUUCCAGGCCCAAAAAGAAGACCUCGCCUAACAAGAGCCCCCUCAAGGAUCGCCGUGAAGCAGACAGAGAGAAAAUAAGGGACAGGUCACCAUUAGGAGAUAAGAAAAAAUUGUCAGUGCCCUCUACAAAUGAUAAAUCAAAGAGCAAAGAUAAACAUGAGAGGUCCCCAGGGCGCAAAAAACGUGAGCGUUCUCCACCACCAAGGCCGACCAGGAUUCAUAUUGGCAGAUUGACUCUGAAUGUAUCUCGAGAACAUAUACAUGAGAUAUUUUCUACCUAUGGCUCUGUUAAAGCUGUGGAGUUCCCUAUGGAUAGACUACAUCCUCACAAUGGGCGGGGAUAUGCAUAUGUGGAGUUCAGCAAUCCUGAUGAAACAGAGAAUGCUAUGAAGCACAUGGAUGGAGGUCAGAUCGACGGGCAGGAGAUCACGGCGGCGCCGGUGCUGGUGCCGACGCGGCCGCGGCGGCCGUCGCCGCGUCCGCCGCCGCGACACGCGCCUCUGCGACGACACUCGCCGCCCAGGUACCGGCGCCGCAGCCCCGCGCGGCGCCGCUCACCGCCGCGCCGGCGCCGCUCGCGCUCGCCGCGCGCCGCCCCGCGCCGCCGCCGCUCCAGGUCCUCCUCCUCCUCCUCCCGCUAACACACACCACACAUCUCGCCAAAACCACCUCACGUCCGCAAGGCUUUUUUCACACACAACUAAUUUCGGGAUGUCAAACUGCUGUAGGUCUUCCCUAAGGCAAGUCACUUUUGGUUUAUCUAUUUUCAAAAGGCCGAUC